UUAGCCCAUAGUUUCCAUCAAUCACAGUGCACAGAUAAAGAUAAACGAGAAAGCUCCGAGGAUUUUGGCGUUUUGAAUCUGAUACUUACGGAGAGGAAUUUUGGACUUCCGUCCCACCAGAAAGAAGCACCUGCAGAGCAGAGAGCUAAUGUCACUUAUGAUUGAUGGUGGGCCGGAGCGUAAAUGAGAUGAGAUCCUAAGCUCGCCAUUGGUCCAGCAUUGACCUUAGACCACGCCCGCCCUACUUUGCUCUCCGCAAGUCCGUGACGUCAUCGAGUAAGUUGCAAGAGGCCAAGUAAAUGGGUGAAGUUUGUACCCCUGUCUCUGUCGACAAAGAAAAACCAAGAGGGAUACGGUCACGAUUAGAACACGAGCCCUUGUCUUGACAAAACUCCGGAGAUCGUCAGCGUUGGGGUCUAACCGGUGUAUUGUGCCCAAGAAAAUAGGUCCUGUGUGUAGCGCGCCACGGGUGUCCCUGCGUCGCCUUCGAAGUGAGAGGUACGUUUGCACUACAGUUCCGCCCGCAGGGUUUUCUUGUGCACGGGAGGAAAGAGAGCCGGGCAAAAACGGCUUACAAAUCUGGGCCAUUGAAUCAGCGCAGUUGAUUGCAUGGACCGGUUUCGCGAAUCCCAUCCCCGGGAUUUACGUUCCCCUCAGUGAGGGCGUGCCAAGCAGGUAGAUUUCUCCAGAAGGACCACGCUGUUGCAUAUUCCGGGAGGGAGGGCCGGCCCGUCCCAUGCUGUCAGCGAGCUGGAAGUCUAACCGCGUUGGACUUGGCUGGGCCGGUUUCUAUCCGUUCGGAUUGCCUACGGUGCAGCCCACUUUUUAUACGGCUUCGUCGUUUAGCAAGCCCAUCGUCAUCCUUGCAAAUCCUCCCUAAGUUCGUCAUCACCAGGGCUCUCAUCAACGUCGACAUCAGCAGUAGCAAGCACCGGGGAAUCAUCAGCAUAAACACCCAUUCUGCUGCGCGCGUGUGUUUUUUCCCCCAUUUUUUUUCUUGUAUUCAUCAUCUUCUUCAACAACCCGGCCUGAGUCUCAACCCCUCCUUGAUUGAUAAAUACACCAUGAACGGACUCAGCGAUCCACUCGCUACCUUGGAGGACCUGGUUAGCGCCGAGUCGUCAGCCAGGAACCCGACGGGGGCUUUGAGCAGCAUGACAGCGGCGGCAGCAGGAGCCGAGUCGGGGGUGUCCCGCUACAGCCGGACAAACCCGAGCGUCGUCGGCUCUAUGGGUUGUACAAGAUUGUCGGUGGACACACACGAAUCAGCGAGUGUGGAAGACCAGGCCGGCGGGCCAGCGGAAGAGAGCGGCGGAGACGGCGAGUCGAGCAAGAAGCGACGGCAGCGCCGACAGAGGACACAUUUCACCAGCCAACAGCUGCAGGAGCUAGAGGCCCACUUCGCCCGGAACCGCUACCCGGACAUGUCGACUCGCGAGGAGAUCUCAGCGUGGACCAACCUGACAGAGGCCCGGGUCAGGAUUUGGUUCAAGAACCGGCGAGCAAAGUGGCGGAAGCGAGAGAGGAACCACAUGAAUGAACUCAAGAACGGCUUCGGUGCGCAGUUCAACGGUCUGAUGCAGCCCUUCGAUGACGGCUUGUACUCAGGCUACUCCUAUAACAACUGGGCCGCCAAGUCGGCCGCUGCCGCCGCUAACCCACUGGGGGCCAAGAGUUUCCCCUGGUCGCUGAAUUCCGUCAGCCCGUUGGCCGGGGUCUCCAACCAACCCAUGUGCUUCAACUCGCAGACGUCAAUGGCUUCGACGUUCCCCUCGUCGCCGGUCAACGGCGUCAUGAGCCACCAGAACCUGAACAGUUCGGCCGGUGCUGCCGCGGCGGCCUGUCCGUACGCCUCGGUGCCGGCGUCCCCGUACGUGUACCGGGAGCCCUGCUCCAGCAGUAUCGCCUCGCUUCGCCUUAAAGCCAAACAGCAUUCAACAUCCAUGAGUGGAUUCAGCUAUCCUGUCAGGCAGUCUCCCACGUUAUCGGCUUGUCAGUAUGCCGGACUUAACGGCCCAGCGUGAGAGGUAUAGCCUCUAGUAUGAUUCUAUCUAUGUAUUCCUACAUCAGUUCUUCUUAGAGGAAAAAGUUAUUGUUUGGAAAGCAGUAUCGUGCAGCGUGUUACAAUGGGUACUGAACUCAACGGUGAAAUGUCAGGACCGGAAUUUACAUGUAAAAGUAGAAAAGCAAACACAAAACGUGGGAUUUCGGUAUCUUGUUCAUUAUAACAAUGUUAUACUUGCAUGAUGUUUUGGUGGAGAUGUGGCAGGAAAAAAAAUGAAACUGGCCAUGGUGUCAUUUCGAACAUGUCAUUUUAGUGUUUUCAAAAGCUUUGUUGUAUGCAGACUGCACGGACAUUACCAUGCCCAUUGCACGUGGUCACAGAAUAUACGUAAUGAUGUACUUUUAUUUACAUGUUUUUAAAUGCUAAUUUCUGCCCUCGUCUGAAGAAAUUAGUGACAUUUUGCGCCAAUGAACUAAGACUUUCGACCCUGUAUUCAUGUCGGUCUGUGAAGAGGAGCUUCAUGAGGGCUGGAACCCUAAAAUAACCGCCGGGUUGUUGCAAAAAAUGCUUUUUGCAAUUCAAAUCCCAUGCUCGAAUAGCUCGACAGUUACACAGUUGUAAACAGAACCAUAGAGGUUUUGAACAUGAAAAAUUUACCAGCAAGCUUAGAAAUUGACGAUAGUAACAAUUCUAAAUAAAUAAUCAGUCUUCGUUCUAAGAUUGUCCCGUAAAGUUUACCAGCACGAAUAUAUAUUAAGGAGAUUACACGUAGGAAAAACUUUAACAAUGCAUGGGGCCCAGGAAGAUCUUUUUUUUCGGUUCAGAAUCUCUCAAGGGUUUUUUCUCUGGCGUGAAUUAUCGUGUAAGGGGAGCGUGUAAGGUGCACCAGCACAGUUGUGUCAGCACAAACUUCAAUGUUAAACUUAAUACCAACGACAAAUACGCUAAGAGUUAAGGUGUCAGUGUGCGAUGGGCAACGGCUCCAAAUGAUAGAUUUGCCCGACACAAUCCAGCCAAGAUCUUGACUUUGCUUCAAAAUGAAGAGAAUAAUGGUGUGGAGCGAAUGAUGAAGGUGCGAAUGAAUGAAAGAAGUCAUUCGUACUCUUGUUAUUAGUAUUUCGGUUCUCAGUGAAUUGACAUAAUACAGCAACGAGUGAAUGAUUUUUCUCUCUCAAGGCCCUUUGCGAAAUGUUUCAAAUCUGUACAGGUUUUGACAAAGUAUAUGUACAUUCUUCACAAGUGGUAGCAAGCUUUCUCAUUUUGGUAACUGCGAGUGUACUUUACGCACCAAAGGAUUUCCAACAGUAACAAGAGGUUAUGUAAAUUAUUAGAUGUCAAAGAACUUUCUAUUAUAUUGGAAAGAUACUAUCGAAGGAUUACAGGGUCGAACACACAUUUUCUACAAAGAGUGCGAAGACACUUGUAUAUAAUUUAUGGAAUACAAAUUCAUUCGUACUAUGCUUGUUGAAGUUAAUUUAUGAAAUUUGUUUCUUGUAGGUUUCCUUUUUAAAUUCUUGAUUUCAGUUAUUUCUUGUAAGUCGUCUUCUUCGACAAUCCGUGGCAAGCUUGUACGUUGAUGGUUAGGGUGGCAGUAGGGCAUAAGGACCGUGUACCAAUAUUCUGUGGUGAGCUAUGUGAGGUACGACCCAACAUAACUUACACAUUGAUUUUGGAAAAACAAAUAGCGUGCAUCCAUGCAGCUAAGACUGGAUCUAGGGAAGGGCCAACGAGGCCAUGCCCCCCCCCGAAAAGGAGCCAAAAAUGUUUUCGGAAAUAUUUUGAAAGGCGAUUGAAGUAUUUUUGGACUAUUUUGGUCAAUUUCCUUUCCUUUCAAAAAAGAGUGUAAAAGGCCCUCAAAUCUGGCCUCACCCUUCAUAAAGGCCCAAAAAGGUUACAUAACAGAUUUUUCAAUGUCUUCCCCCCCAAAAAAAAAGUGGCCCCGGAAUAUUCGGUUCUGGAUCUGCCUUUGUAUGUACCAGACCACGGUUUUAACGAUGACCCUGAGUUGAAUUCCUCCAAGGAGAGCAUAAUAUUAUCACAAAGGCCACAUAGAUGCGACAGUUGCCAAGGAUUUCGUUUUCACACGCUACCAUGCCGUUGUUAAAUAAUCUGUCGCUUUCCAUGUACCCGCCUUUUUUUCUUUACUUAUCAUUGAUUCCACUGCUUCUGGCGUGGUUACUUUUAUUUCUGUUGCCACUGAGAAAAAAAUGUUUGGUUGCUCGUUUAUUCUGAUUCAAAGCUUCCCGUUUUUCCCUUUAUUAAUUUCCACGCUUCGCAACUAUUUACUCGGUUUUAAUUGUCAGAGUAAUGUUUGCUUCGUCAAUCGAUUGUUCUCUCUUUAUGUAUGCAGUCCAAAUCAUGUGAUCCAUCAUCGUACUGAAAGGAAAAACUGUAUUGCAGAGUUAUCUCAAAUUUAUGUAAAUUUAUGUCACCAUUUAAGUCGGUUUUUAGAUCGUGGUGGUAUUUUCACUCAAAAGUGUGGAAUUUUUUUUAAUGUUUACUUAUACACCUCAGUGCAUGUUCAGGUAGCUGAAACCGACAUGCAAGAUCAAUUAUUUACACCGUUGUGACUUUUUUUUGUUUGUCUCAGAUAGGUAGAUGCACUCUGUUGAAUUGAUAUUGAUUUCACGAAGUAAAGCCACGAGUGGGGGUAACCUUUAAAAAUUAGAAACUUUCUAACGUCAAUAAAUGGUAUUCAAAAAGUAUAGAU